CUGUACAUCAUGCUGUCAUCGCGCCCUGUCUAUCCCCAGUUCUGCCAGUGCUCUAUAUAGGCACCGCGGUCGUCUAGCACUCGCCACCCACUCUUCAAGUGUCCUCGGAUCGCGACCGAGCCCCGCACAGUCCCGCCUCCGCCGCCCUCUUUGCGAUACACCCUCUCAAUGGCGACGUCCGGACUGAAGAUCGACUCCGCUGAGCUCGCGGGCCUCGCCGCCGAGGGCGGGCUGUUCGGUGUCUUCGUCUGCUUAUUCUGCGUGUGCGGUUACGACCUUGUCCAGCGGCGCACGCGGUUCAAGUCCCAGCUGAGCUGGCCGAUGGUCCUCGCGGGCGUGCUUCUCAUCGUCCUCGCGUUCGCGCGCUUCUCGGUGGACACUGCGAACGUCUUCGUCGCUUUCAUUCAACACGAAACACGCGCGGCGCGCAUUGGCUACCUCCAGGAUGUCACCCAGCCGCUCUUUACCACUAAGCACAGCCUGCUCGUCGCGGUGCUGCUGGUUGGCGACUCGUUUGUGAACUACCGGUGCUGGGUCGUUUGGGGAAAGAACAUCUGGGUGGUUCUCUUCCCUAUUGCUCUCUCGUUCACGAGCGCAGCCGCCGGUUCCUACACGAUGUGGGCAUACAGCAACCUGCCGAACCAGACCAUCCUCACCGAGGCAAAAUGGCUCAAGGCUUUCUUCGCCCUGAGUCUCGUCGCCAACGCAGUCGCUACCCUCACGCUCGCGUACCGCAUCUGGUCCGUCGACCGCUCGAUGAAGAACAUGGCCGAGCCCAGCCAGUCCCGGCUGAGCCCGAUCGUGCGCAUCGUGCUCGAGAGCGGCAUGCUCAACGCUGCCUACCUCUUCGCGUACGUCAUGACGCUCAACUUCGGCUCGCAAGGCCUCGAGAUCAUGUCCGAGAUGGCCGUACCGCUCACCGGUAUCAUCUUCUCGAUCGUCAUCCUCCGCGUCGGCCACCAGCGCCACGACGACUCGUACUACUCGCAGAAGCCGACGCAGACCAUCACCUGGGCGGUCGCGAAGGGUACGCGUGGCCAGAGCAGCAUGGGCGGCACCGCGACGACGCUCACGGCUUCCGACGGCCUGCCCCUCGAGGUGUACGUGGGCAAGUCGGACAACAAGAUGGACUCGCACAUGGACCCCCUGUCGAGCAUGACGUUCAGCAACGCGGCUUGACCGGGGCCGUGCGGUGCACGGGCGCGGUCCGGUGUGCGGUGGUGCUUUUAUGGCGCUGCUGCUGCUCGUAUGGACUGUUGUGGGCGAUCUGUUGUGUGUACCAUCGUUGUGUAAUACCUUGUAUAGUUUUAAGUUAUUUCGCAACGUCUUUAAGAGCGUGGAGGAUACCCCGCUCCUUACCCACACCCGUGAACAUGUGUACAACCAUCUACUGGGUGCGUGUGCUCCUGGCCGCAGCAGAACGUAUACCGUGAGAUGCAUGUUUUUGCUGUACGCUUAAAGCUACGAUUCGAAUGUCCGAGAUGCAGAGGGAGGCAAUACC